ACUCAUUGAAUAUUUAUUCUCCUGCGCGCUUUUCACAUAUAAAUGAACAGUCACCUUUUUCUCUCUGAUUUACUUCCACCGGAAAAAGGCAUCACUGCAAACACACUGGAGACGGCAGAGGUAUGGCGAGGCGCUUGAGGCUCCGUAUCUCCCGACUCCUCCAGUCCUGCCGCUCCAAGGACCCGACCUCCCUCCCCUCCGACCCCGUCCCCGUCCCUUCUCUCCUCCCCCGGCCCCCUCCGUCCCUCGGUGACCCCAGCCGGUGCUUCCUCAACGCCUGCCACGUCCCCUCCUCCCUCGUAUCCUAUUGCCGCAGCUGCGGCUGCGGCGACAGAUCAUCUCGCAUCAACCUUCGUCGUACCGGAUCGCAGAAGUUCCAGUGGAAGCAGGAGGCCGGCUUCCAUGUUAUUGUGGCUGCCGCCACCACAGCCACCGCUCCCCGCAGGAAAACGUACAGCUCAUCGGCCUCCGAUGGCGGCCGGAACACUCACGCGCCGCCACCGCUGGAGAGAAGGAAACGGCGGCCGAGGAACAGGAAGAGGAAACCGGCGUCCUAUAGGCCGCGCAUUAGCACUUCCUCAGGUCAUAGCGGGCUCUUCAGCAGCGAGGAAACCGACAACGGGAGAGAAGGAUUUCACGACGAAGAGUCGGCGGAGAUGCUCCUCAUUUCCUCCUCUAGAAGCUACUCCACCGACUCGUCAUCGGACGGUAUCAGAAAAGAAACUGAAGCAUCUGAGACCAACAAAGCCAUGAAGAAGAAGAAGCGCAGCCGGAGGAAUAAGGGGAAAGCUAGGGGGAGUUACAAUCCGGAGCCCCAGGUGGCGAUAUCGUCGCCGGCCAGGCUCUCGGCAGUUUUCCGGAAGCUGGCACCGCCAUGUGUGGUGCUGGAGGGUCAACCGGCGGCCAAGGUGAGGGAGAGCUUCGCGGUGGUAAAGAGGUCGGAUUGUCCUUACGAGGACUUCAAAGGGUCGAUGAUGGAGAUGAUCGUGGAGAAGGAGAUGUUCGAGGAAGAAGAUCUCGAGCAGCUCCUCCUCUGCUUCCUGUCCCUCAACUCGAGCCGCCACCACGGUGCUAUCGUCGCUGCCUUCUCCGAGAUCUGGGAGGCCCUCUUUGGCUGCCGGAGGUCGUCCACAGCAUCCGCAUUUAUCCGGGACAUCCAAUGACAUCUCUAUUUACCAAGUACAUAUGAAUUAUGAUGGAUCAGAAACCUAUGCAGGAAAUUUAGAUGAUUUUAAUGUUGUCCGAUCUAGUUCUUUAUUAAAUCAGUUUUCUGCUGUUCCUGCUCAAUAUUAGGUAAUGACAUUAUUGUAGUUCCUGUAAUUAAGGGCUGAUCAUAGACCUGAGGUACCGAGUUCGUCAGGCAUGGAUUUCACUCCCUGAGAACUGAAACCGAAUUCGACGAAAAACAACCCUUAGCAAGUA